UUGAAUGUGAGAAAUAUGUAUUUCAAUCGAAAAAAUACCUUUACUUGGUGCUAUGAAUUAUUUUUUUCAGUGAAGCUGGCGGAGAAGAACCAGAUGUUGCCGAUAUACCAGCAAUGACUCUCAAAAUCGAUGAAACUGAUAUAGAUUGCAACUAUCGAACCGAACCAGAUGAAAAUGCAUGUUUAAUUGAGAAAGGAUGCAUCUUUCCUCGUGCUUUUCGGAUUUAAACGACUAUGACGUUAAUCUGGCAAACUCCAUGUACAACACUUUACCUGGCACUAUUUUCAUGGUUGCUUUAUAAAUCUCCGGACUCCCAAUACAAGGUUGAGGAUAAGGAUACACCAGAGUAUGAUUUCAUCAUUGUAGGAGCUGGAUCAGCAGGAUGCGUAAUUGCAAAUAGACUGUCCGAGAUCAGCGAAUGGAAUGUACUUUUAUUGGAAGCUGGGAGAGAGGAACCACUAGUUGCUGAGAUACCAGGAUUGGUUCGUUUACUUGAACAAACUGACAUCGCUUGGCCCUAUCGAACCCAAGCAGACGAAAAUUCAUGUUUAAUAGAUAAAGGAUGUCCCUGGUCACGUGGCAAAGUAUUAGGUGGAACAAGCACAAUUAACUUCAUGUUGUACGUUAGAGGAAAUCCAGAAGAUUAUAAUGAUUGGGAAAAGUUGGGAAAUCCUGGUUGGAGUUACGAAGAUGUUUUGCCUUAUUUCAAAAAAUCUGAAGACAACAACAAUGAGGAUAUUCUUAUAGGAAAUUCAAAAUAUCAUCAAGAUGGCGGAUACUUAUCUGUGGAAAGGUUUCCUUAUACAACACCGGAUGCAAACAUCAUUUUACGAGCACUUGACGAAAUCGGACUUGAAAAUAUGGACAUCAAUGCGGAAUCACAGUUAGGAUCAAUGAACUUGCAGACAACAUCAAGAAACGGAUCUCGACAAAGUACAAACAAAGCUUUUCUUCGGCCAAUUAGAGAUAAAAGGUCUAAUUUGUUUAUAAAAACUAGAGCUUUUGUAACCAAGAUUGUGAUUGAUACGUCUACAAAGCAAGCAUUAGGCGUUGAGUAUACGAAUACUCUCACUGGUAAAAGAAAGACGGUAAUGGCCAAAAAAGAAGUUAUUGUGUCUGCAGGUACUUUAAAUUCACCAAAGUUACUAAUGCUUUCUGGAAUAGGUCGAAUUGAAGAACUUGAAAAACAUGAUAUCGAGCUCAUUCAAAAUUCAUGUGUCGGGCGUAAUCUUCAAGAUCAUGUGACUUUCACGGGAAUACCUUGUCAGAUAGAAGGCAGAAAUAUGCCUAGUUGUUCACAAAAACUCAAAGAUUUGAAAUAUUAUCAAUCAACAAAUAGAGGUCCACUUUCUAAUGUAGGUGUCACUACUAUUUCUGCAUUUUUUAGAACCGACUAUGAAAAAAUUGAGACGGCUCCUGACAUGCAAUUCAUUUUUGGAGCUGGCAGUGAUAGUAUUGUUUACUACGAUCAGUUUUAUGUCUUUCCAAUUCUACUAACACCAAAAAGUGAAGGAAAUGUUACACUUAAUGUGACGGAUCCUAUCUGGGGCGCGCCUGUAAUUCAUGCAAGAUAUUUUACAGAUGAUUCAGAUAUGAAACGGUUGAUUCAAGGUGUCCGAAAAGCCCUUAAAUUAUUUGAUACUAAAGCAUUUAAAGACAAUAACUUCAAGUUCAAUGAAACGUCUUUGCCUCCUUGUACUGCAUAUCAAUUUAAUUCUGACGAAUAUUGGACUUGUGUGAUAAAACAAUAUUCUCGCACAUUAUAUCAUCCUGUUGGGACUUGCAAAAUGGGUCCCAAGACAGAUCCAGAAGCAGUUGUUGAUUCACAAUUACGCGUUCAUGGUAUUACAAAUUUACGUGUAAUUGAUGCUUCUAUCAUGCCGAAUGUCAUUAGAGGAAACACAAAUGCUGCGAUUAUUAUGAUUGCCGAAAAAGGUAGUGAUAUGAUAAAAGAAAAAUGGUCAUGCGGAAACAAUACUUAGCAACAUUUGAUAAAAUUCAUUAUAUUUCGAUUUGUAUCG